UUAUAAAAAAUUACGAAAUUCGAUUGCGAUGCUAAUGCUAAACUUCUACCGCGUACGCCUUACACACGCCAGUUUAAUUUAAAUGGUGUUACUAUGAUGAUGUGUAUUGUAGAUUGUAAGGAUUUUAAAAGUUAAUCUGAGUUUGUGUUAAGUAAAUACCGUAGAUACCGAAGGUUUACUAGUGCAAGUGGCCUUGUUAUUUAGUUUUAGUUUUUACGUGUACACAACAAGUGGUUUUUGAGUCGUUCGCUGGCAGCCUACAGGACAAUCAAUUACACAAUGUCGGAUAAUACUCAGGAUAUACUAAAAGAAGCAGCGGCCGCUGCCGCCGUUGGUGGCUCACUAUUUAGUACUUUCGACAUAAUAAUGCUGGUUAUUUUAUUUGGUGCAGCUGUGUGGUGGCUUUACAGUUCAAGAAAAGAAAGCAAAAAAGACGACUUAUUGCUCAGUAACUAUGCUAUCCAGCCAGCAGGAUCUAUACAAGUUACUGAAAAUUCUUUUAUAAAAAAAUUACAAUCAUCGGGAAGGAGUCUUGUAGUAUUUUAUGGCUCCCAAACAGGGACUGGAGAGGAAUUUGCAGGACGUCUAGCCAAAGAGGGGAUAAGAUAUAAAAUGAAAGGAAUGGUUGCCGAUCCUGAAGAAUGUGAUAUGGAAGAGCUUACUAAACUCAAGGAUAUUCCAAAUUCACUAGCCGUGUUCUGCUUGGCGACAUACGGAGAAGGAGAUCCUACUGAUAAUGCUAUGGACUUUAUUGAAUGGCUAAAAAACGAACCUGACUUGAUAGGACUAAACUACGCUGUGUUUGGACUUGGAAAUAAAACUUAUGAGCACUACAAUGCAGUGGCUAUUUAUGUGGACAAACGGCUGGAAGAACUGGGGGCUACCAGAGUGUAUGAGUUGGGUUUGGGUGAUGAUGACGCAAACAUUGAGGAUGACUUUAUUACAUGGAAAGAUAAGUUUUGGCCAUCAGUAUGUGAAAAAUACAAUAUAGAGAGCACCGGAGAAGAAGAAUUGACUCGGCAGUUCAGAUUAGUAACCCACGCCCCAGACGAGUUCAAACCAAAUGAGAUAUUCACAGGAGAGAUAGCUAGACUACAUUCCUUGCAGAACCAACGCCCACCAUAUGAUGCUAAGAAUCCAUUCCUUGCACAAAUAAUAGUGAAUAAAGAACUGCACAAAGGAGGUGACAGGUCAUGUCUGCAUGUGGAAUUGAAUAUUUCAGGCUCCAAUAUGAGAUAUGAAGCUGGUGAUCAUGUGGCAGUGUAUCCUAUUAAUGAUAGCAAUUUAGUUGACCGGCUGGGCCAGUUGACAGGAGCUGACCUAGAUGAAGUAUUUUCCCUCAUUAACACUGACCAGGAAAGCACGAAGAAACAUCCAUUCCCUUGCCCGACAUCAUACAGGACUGCAUUGUCACAUUACGUGGAAAUCACAGCUGUGCCUAGAACUCACAUUUUGAGAGAACUUGUAGAGUAUUGCUCCGAGGAAGAGGAUAAGAAAAAACUGCUGCUUAUGGCCACAAAUUCUCAGGAAGGAAAAGCUUUAUAUCAGUCAUUUGUGGUUGACGCCUGCAGGAAUAUUGUGCAUAUAUUGGAAGAUGUAAAAUCGUGUAAACCCCCGUUAGACCACCUCUGUGAAUUGUUGCCCCGCCUUCAACCAAGAUACUAUUCAAUUUCAUCAAGUCCCAAGUUGUAUCCUGAGACAAUCCACGUGACAGCGGUAGUAGUGAAGUACCAAACUCCGACGGGGCGCGUGAACAAGGGCGUCACCACCACGUGGCUCGCUGAGAACGUACCGGAGCCCGACAAACCCUUCCCACGAGUGCCUGUUUACAUUAGAAAGUCUCAGUUCAGAUUACCACUGCAGAGUCAGACUCCCAUCCUGAUGGUGGGCCCGGGCACUGGGCUGGCGCCGUUCCGCGGCUUCCUCCAGGAGCGGGCCUUCGUGCGCGCGCAGGGCCGCCCCGUCGGCGACACCGUGCUGUACUUCGGCUGCAGACAUCGGGCCCAGGACUACAUCUACCGAGAGGAAUUAGAAGAAUUUGAGAAGAACGGCGAUGUUUCACUCCACGUCGCCUUCUCACGUGAUCAAGCGCAUAAAAUAUACGUGACACACCUGUUAGAGAAUAAUUUAGACCAGAUUUGGGACAUCAUUGGCCUGAGAAAUGGCCAUUUCUAUAUAUGCGGGGACGCUAAAAAUAUGGCUGUGGACGUUCGCAACAUAGUAAUUAAAGCUAUCCAAGAGAAAGGCGGCAAGACGGAAACUGAAGCAGCACAAUUCCUAAAGAAAUUGGAGUCUAUGAAGAAAUAUUCAUCUGAUGUCUGGAGCUAAGCGUGAGCUUUAUGUUUAUCCGACUGAUACGUAAAAAUGCUAGUAAAAUUGAUUGGAGCUGAACAGAAUUUAAGUGAUACUGUAUAAAAAAGAUGGAUAUAAUUUAGUUCUAAGAUAAAUAGAAAGGAGAAAUGAAAUUUAUGAUAGCUGCCGAAUAAAGGUAGUUGAGAAAAUAAAGCUAUCAGAAUACCUGAGAGGUCGUGACCAAAAAUUAAUAUAAACAUGAGCUAGUAAUGAUCAAUUGAAUUGCAAAUAGUUCGAAUAAAUAUUGAUGUCGAAUCAGUUAUUAAAAUUAAUUGGUAUUAGACUAGAGCAAAAAGUGAAAGUUUUCAGCAAAGGAAACUUAAAAGUAAAAGAAAUAUUUAUUCACUUUAUUUAUUAACUACCUUUUCUUUGGAAUUCCCCAACACAAGGCUUCGUUGCUCAAAUGUAUUGUAGCCUGAAAUUAAUUUCAAGAAUGUGUUUCUGACUAAUUCUAUAAUUCAUUGCAUUAUGAGAAUUUAUUUUAAUUUCUAUUUGCUAUUUACAUACUGACGAAUAUUUUUUAUUAUUAAAAUAUGUUGUAUUAACUCUAUUGUACCUAAAUGUUUUAAUUUUGUGCUAAUUAUGUUAAAUAAUUAAGAAAACAAUAAAUUUAAACCCCAUUAAGCUAUUACAUGAUUAUGUCCACUGUUUGUCUUUUUAUGACAAACUGAUAGACGUUAGAAACACAUUCAGCAAUAUCUGCAGGCUAUAAUAUCAUCUGCUAAGCGAGCCAUAAUAUACUCAGAAGCACAAUCAUCCACCUAUUUUAAUAUGACGCGAGUAAAUUAAAAUGGGCGGAUAAUUGUGCCUCUGAGUAUAGUUUAUACAAUAAAAUUAUAAAAUAAAAUAAUUGGAUAAGUAUUUAAAUUUUAUUUAGUUUAAAUAUUUGUGUUUAGGUAUUACAAAAUUUGCACUGUUUGUUAUGUUUGAGUUUUUUGUUGGUAGUAUUUUUCAGAUUCGCUUACGGGAAAAAGCAGCUUGAAUUUUUGUUGUUGGUCACAUAUUACUGAAUUUUUAUUAUUAUUUUGUAUUAUAGACUAAUAAUAAUCACUGAUUAAAAUGCAUUUCCGAAUAUGCAUAACGAGUUCUGUAUUAAUGACAAUAAAAACAUUUUGUACUAAAAUCAGGAUUAUUGGAAUCUGUAACAGAUUUUAACAGUAUCUAAGAGUAAGAGUGAUUAAAAAUUUAUUUAUACACAAACAUAAAAGCGAUAUUACAAAGAUUUACCAAAAGCAAUGGCAAGAAGCCAAAUUAAGUUUUUAAACGUAACAAAUUUUUUGUGGGGGUAAUUUUUUUAAAUCUUUUAUGCUUUUUUAUAAUAUUACGUUCCAUUACUGCAUGACACUUUAGCGUCAAUAAUAUACAUAUUUUCACAUAAUAUAAGGGGCUGUGACAUACGAACGGACAUAAUAAAUCUAUAAGGAUUCCAUUCCUUGUCAGAACUCAGAAUGCGAAACCCUAGUAGAAAACUUGAAUUAUUUAAUAUAAUGAUAAUUGUUUUUGUUUGUUAAAUGUGAAGAAUUUUAUUUAGGGCAUGUCUGUACUAUGUGGUAUGGUGCCGGUUCUGUUGUUUAUAAAACUUAAUAAUUUAAUUUAAUGUUGUUUUCUGAGAUCACUGGGAAAGUAAUAUGACCCAACAAUUUAGUCCUGUUACAAUUUAUUUGGUUUUGUGUACAACAGAAGUUAUGUCAGUUUUGUGUGAACAUGUCACAUUAUUAUUUUAGUGUAAGUGGAUUGGGAUAUAUUUAGAAAGUAAGAAUAUUUUUAAAUUUAUAUGAACAAAUAAAUUUAUUUCAUUACAUAAA